GCGACAGCCAGUCUGUCGCAAGUUAACCAGUAUUUAUAUCCUCCAGCGCAGCGUCGCUUCUUCGUACCAUCCCCGCCCCCGUCGCCUCUUCGCUUGUGAUGGUGCCGGCCGCUCUCCUUGCCAUUAUCUCCGGCGCGCUUGGCUAUGCUGUGGCCCAGCAAGCUGCCCUGUCGCCGGCUGCCCUCGCUUAUACCCCGCUGAGCUCCCCGUGUCCUGCCAACUUAACUCUAGUCAGGUCCGCAGGAGGCAGGCCCGCAACUCUGAGCCACCAAGAAUUGACCUACGUUACUGGGCGGCAGCACAAAGUUCUUCCAGACGCUUGGGAGUCAUACCUUUCUUCCGUGGAACAUAGCGCCGGUGUACAACACAUCUCGCUUCCCCGCUAUUUGAAGACCAUCCUCGGAGGGCAUGGACAGCUCCCGACUUUGGGGAUCGCAACGAGCGGUGGAGGCAUGCGCGCUGCGAUAUUCGGCGCGGCCAUUCUGGAUACACUCGAUGCCCGCAAUACAACAUCAGGCGCCUUAGGAACGGGAGGACUGCUGCAAGCCGCCUCCUACCUCGCGGGCCUGUCCGGCGGCUCCUUCCUUGUGACAUCUCUCGUGCAGGCCAACUUCCCGACAAUCCCGUCUCUGAUCUUCGGCCCCGAUUCCAACCCGGGUGGAAAUACCUUUGGUGGCUGGCUUAGCGAAAUCGGCCUUGAGUCUGUCUCCUCAAAUACGACCAUACAGGACGAUUUCGUCGAGGUCUUGAUCGCGGAGGUGGCUGGAAAGCGCGCAGCAGGCUUUCCGGUCACGUUUACGGACGUGUGGUCGCGUGCGCUAGCGAGGCACUUCACCAACGGCACGACUUUGGACAAUUUCUUUGCAACGAACGUGACACAUGGAGCUGGCUUGACGUGGUCUGGUAUCGCCAAUUUGUCUACAUUUCAGAACCACGGCAUGCCCUUUCCGAUUAUCGUCACCAACACGUUAUCAAAGUUCGAGAACAAUUCAAAAGUCAUUCCUGGGAAUGACGUACCGCUGACGAAUCCCAUCUAUGAGUUCAACGUCUUCGAAAUCGGGUCGUUCGAUCCCAUGCUGGCUUCAUUCGUGCCCACAUCACUACUGGGUUCGCAGAACGGAACGUGUGUUACGAACUUCGAUCAGGUCUCGCUUGUUACAGCUUCGUCCUCCAACCUAUGGAACGAGUUCAACACCUCUGCUGCUGCAUUGGCUGCUUCCUCUAUUGGUCCACUAAUCGCAGCCAUAAACGAGACAUUUCCACAAUCUGGCAUCCGGCUGGACUCCGCUGCUAUUCCUAAUCCGUUCAUGGGCAUUGCACCCAACACGUUCCUUGACAGUAACCAGUCCGUGAUUACUUUCGUUGACGGAGGGGAGGACGGCGAGACUAUACCUAUCCAGCCCAUGCUAGUAAAAGCGCGAAGAGUGGACAUCGUCAUCGCCAUCGACGCCGCCGCUGACACAGAGGAUAACUUUACGAAUGGCAGCUCACUCAUCUCGACACAACAACGCGCUGCACUCUUCCCGGGCGUGUAUUCCUUCCCUCCCGUCCCGUCGAGCCCGGACGUCUUCGCCGCGCACAACCUUACAAAGCGCACCACGUUUUUCGGCUGCAACACCGCACCCGAGGCGCCGCUCGUGGCCUACUUCGCUAAUGGUGGCCCCCCGCUUGGUCAGACGCCGCUCACAAACCUCUCCACCUUCACGGACACCUUCACACCGCCGCAGAUUCAGGCCAUCAUGAACCAGGUGUUCGACAUCGCGACGCAGGGCAUACCGAUCAACGAAGUGGAGAAAGAUCCCGAGUUCCCUGUUUGUCUUGCGUGUGCUAUCGUAGAUAGGGCGCGGGCCAGGGCAGGCGAGAGGAGAACCGGGGUGUGCGAGACCUGUCUGGCGAGAUACUGCUUCAGCUAAGGGCUAUAUAAUCUUAACGUAAGGACUUUAUCAUCGAGUCUCUCAAGGACACAUCUGGAAACCUAUUUUCCCAGUAAAUUAAUUGAUGCAACGAGGUGUAA